AUGGCUUUAAACAACAACGUCAACUGCCAGCCGAGUUAUUUGAGGUUGAGAAUAGUGCUGAUUUUAUGGGCGUAUGUUACUUUGAACAUAAGCGCGUUUUAUCAAAGUGGUCUGAUGUUGAGUUACAGAUAUCCUUUGAGGAAGUAUCAAAUUUAUAAGGAAGACGAGAUUGUGUCCAAUGGUUUAAUCAUUGGUGGAACUGAUGCUAUAAGUAUGAUAUACGGCAGUACGGAUGAUGACAACUCCAAAUACAUCACAGACAACUAUGUAGAUCUUUUGGCUUUGGACGCUCUCAACUAUGUAGCUUAUCAUAAAAACAUAACCACAAUUGUAACCAGGGAUUAUUUAUCUUUUGUUUCUGCUGAUUUGAAGAAACGUGUCUUCGUGUCUCCCCAAAGCAUCAUGACCAUUCCAAUAGAAUUGUUGUAUUCCAAAGGUUUCCCUCCGGCACCUAAAUUUAACAAAAUGAUUCUAAGAUUUUUAGCAGGAGGAUUGUUCGAAAGAUGGAAAUAUCUGGUUGGUGGUGCUUUAAGGAAGAAUGAUAUGGAGAUGGACGAGCUGGAUGUGGAGCGAGAUGGCAUUAUGUUGGAAGUUAAAGAUGUCAGUGGAGCUUUUGUGUUCUUGAUUUUUGGAUCUUGGGACAGAUUGCUAUGUUAUACUUUACCGAAGCAUCCAGAAAAGGCUCUGUUCUCCCAGAAGUACUACCUCAACAUGAAUAGAUUGUACAAGAACGUGUGCUACUGUAAUGAUGUCCCGGGGGCCACUUUGAUAUUUGCGGUGCCCCACAUGUCUAGGGUCAUACAUGUGCUGGACUAUAGUCAUAAUAAAUCAUGGGCAGUCAUCCUAAAGCGAGUUAAGGCUUCAGGACAUCAACUGAGAAAUAUAAAUUUUAGAAUCGAUGAAUACCACACCGUUAGCUGUGGAAUGGAUGGUAUCAUUUGUGCACAUGAAGUAGGAGCUAAAGGAAAACCUAUAACUUUUGUAGUUCCCCAUCAUCGAAUGGACAAUGGUGUACAAAACGCUAUUAUGGAUUAUCAGAGAAAACGAAUAGUUUCGAUGGGUCGAGAUGGAACCUUGGUCUCAUCAGGUUUACCCUGGUGUGGAGAUGAAGAGACAGAAAUACGUAAACAAAAAGCUGAAGAAUUCAUGAAUAAUCCAGAAACGAGAGCCAUGUUUAUGGAAAGAAAGACUGAAGGAUAUUUUGAUGAAGGACCCAUGGUCUGA